UCUCAAGAUAUGAGUGAAAUUUCACCGAUUAAGAGAUUGCUUUCGGAUUACCUUCUUAACAAUAGAAUAAUGUACUUAUUUUUUCUCUCUUGAAUUCCGAUAGUAAAUUUUGCUAAUAAAUAAAUUCCAUUUCAUUGGUAUCAUUACCGUCAAUUAUCUUCGGAAAUGACAGCAGUCAUGGACCCAAAAUUCCUUCAAAGUGACUUUGCAAUUCUUUCACAUAUUUCGCAGCUGUUCACUAUUAUAAAUAUUGGGCCAACAUGUGUCAAACGACACUAUGUAUGCGUGUAGCGGCGUCAGUAUUCAAUAUGCGAUGUUGUCCAUCACCGCAGUGAUUCUAACCUCAUAAUAUCAUUUUGGUUCAGUGUACUGUUGUCGAAUGUUUUGUUAGCCUUAACACUUAAUCAGAGCACCAUGUCGACACAGAGAAGUUCUUUUUAUGCCCGUCUACGAAAACAAAGAAUUACGUCAAAACAAAACUAUGCCCCAGAUAAUGAAUGUUCUUAUGGAGGUUCUGAUAUCCACGAGGAUCUCAACACAAAUGAUACUGGACAAUCAGAGGAUGGAUUUGUCCCCACCGCAACCAAACAUUCCGAAAGUGAACGUGUGGAGCGUGAUUAGAAUAAUGGAACGUGGAAUAGCUGUGGACAUAGUUCAAGUGCUCCUAGUGAAGACAGUUCUCAAAAUCUUCAAGAGGUUAGUGGCAGCUCAAAUGCUUCUAUGAGUGAUAUAGACAAUGGAGUACGUGUUCAGAGUGCCCCAGCAACUCUACAAGAGGCUAUUCAAGAUUGAGCGAUAAAUAAUAUCGGCAACAUGGAUACCAAGGUAGUUACUGAGUUGUUGGAGAUAUUGAGAAGACAUGGUUAUUCCGAGUUCCCAAAAACUGGAGUGCAAUUGUUCGGCUUCGCUCACUCGAUCAAAAGCCGUCCUGCCAUUUCAAAGACAGAUAAAUUGGGACAGUAUGUGUAUUUAGGGAUAAAAAAUGGUCUGGCUAUGAGGUUAAACUCAGGAGUGUACACUGAAGAUGUAGUACGUGUUCUUGUGCACAUUGACGGUGUAAAACUUUAUAAGGAUAGUCGAGAGGAAUUAUUGCCAAUAGUAAUGAAGAUUGUCCACAAAGAUUAUGAAUGCGAGCCUUUCGUGGUUGCUUUAUAUUACGGAAAUGCCAAAGCAAAGUCCUUGGGUGACUUUCUCAAUGACUUUGUCAAGGAAUCGAAGGAACUGACUGAAGGCGGAUUGGUGAUAAAUGACAAGAAAUAUGCCUUCAAAAUUACAGGAAUUGUUGGAGAUGCUCCGGCCAGAUCCUACAUAAAAGGGACGAAAGGUCCGGGAGAGUUUAACUCUUGCGAACGUUGUACAGUUCCAGGAGUUACGAAAGAUAAUAAGAGGGUUUACGCAGAACUCAAUUGUUCAAAGCGCUCAAAAGAAACUUUUAUGGCUCGUAUUGACAAGGAACAUCAAUCCUCAAAGACUCUUAUUCCCUUGUUAGGAAUGGCCCGAAUUGGAUCCUGUGAGAGAUUUUCAGAAGUGAGAAUUUACAAAAUACAAAUGUCUCCCUCGAAGAAAUGGUCCAAGCUUACGGAGAUGAGGAAUAAAUGUGUCUUCAUGCAGUUGGAGAAUGCGUUUUAUGCCGUAUGCAUACUCCAUGACAAUUAUGAGACGGGGUUGCCUCGACUGGAAAGAGCCUACGUUCGAGCCACAAACGUUGCCACUGAAUCUGAAGCUGAUCUGAGCUGAUAAACGCAGUCAAGUCACCAAACUCUCCAGAAAGCGAGCAAAGGAUUUGAUUUAUAAUAAUAAUAACAAAAGCAAUGACAAAUCUUCAGAUUCCAGCAGCGAUGAGGGUGAUCGAGUGAUGCAUAAGGGUAAACGGAAGAAGAAUAAAGAAAGUAAAACGUUUUCGAGUCACUGCCAGUGAUGGAAGUGAUCUGGAGAAUAAUGACCGCAGAAAACACAUGAAUGGAUCUGGUAGCUCCAGUCUGAGUGUCGAUGAAUCGACAGAGCCUUUUAUGUCAGAAUUUGACCUGCCUCCUGAAAGUCUAGUGUCAAGUAAAUAUACUGUGAAAUUCACUUGUAUUUUUAUUUAUUUUUUUUUAAUUUGACUAUUUGAUUUUAACUUUUUAACACAUCGUGGCUCAUUAUUUAGAAUUGAAGAGGUUACGUGCGUCUUCAAAAAUCAAUGAUGGAUACAUUGGACAAACCCGAAAGGAACCUGAGAAGGGACAUAAUAUUUCCCCUAACCCGAAUAGAGUCCCACAGCUGAUACCUUCCAUACAACGAAUCAACAGGUCAAAUGUGUCUCAGAACAGAGGAAAUCCUUUCAAGCAAAUUGAUAGGAACGAACAGAAUUUCCAAACUCAGGAAGGGAAAUUUGGAGAUCGUGAUACUCCACAGCCUGGAUUGACAUCAACUCCACGACGUUUGAUUCACAGAAUGAGGCACACAAUCUCUUUUUCGGCUAAUCAUCCCGGUUCUAAAUUUCCAUUUGCCUAUCCCAC